AUGGGGGAGCAUCCAGGACGAGGUUCCCUCCUAGGUGGUGAUGGGGGGGAGCAUGAACGUGGUGGUUGCCGCCUUGGUGGUGGUGGGGGGGAGCAUGUGCAUGGUGGUUGCCGCCUUGGUGGUGGUGGGGGGGAGCAUGUGCAUGGUGGUGGUGGGGGGGAGCAUGUGCAUGGUGGUUAUGAGCCGGCGAAGCAUGGCCGGCGUGGUGGCUGUGGGGAGCUGGUGCGUGGUGGUUAUGAGACGGUGGAGCAUGUGCGUGGUGGUGGUGGGGAGCAUGUGCAUGGUGGUUAUGAGGUGGCGAAGCAUGGCCGGCGUGGUGGUGGUGUUUCAACAGCUCUUCCUCAUCUACGCUUCGUGCGAGAGAAGGUGUGA